AUGACACCAGAUGGUUAUGCGAUGCACAGGAAUAAUGGAGACCGAUUCUUCGAGGCUUACCCGAAAGUCUUUAACUCGGGUUCGGAGGAAGAUGGGGUGGAGAGCACGAGUUCUGCGGGAGAAAAAUGGUACUCCUGACAUGCUGUGACGAAAAAGUUCCAAAUCUGCUGCCUAGGAACAGAUUAUAGGUCACAACUUCACUACCAUCCACUUCUGAGCUGCACUGCAGCGUGAUGUUCCUUCUUAAUAUUUUCACAAUUAUACAGGUACAUCCGUAGUGACGUCGACGCAUCUUUCCGCACCUUGCGUUCCGCAGAAACUCUAGUUUCACGAAUAAUAGAGCGUGGUGGAGGACAAGGUUCCUCAUCUAACAUGGCCAAUUUCCGGGUCCACAUGGACGAUCAACUUUACAGCACUAUUCAGCCCAACGUGCAUGUGUGUCCAAGGAUGGGCGAAUUAGAGGCAGAGUACUGGGAGAAGUCACCUUCCGUAAAAAAACUCUCCGACAAAUGGGACAAAGAGGUCCGACCAGAGCUAGAGUUAAGGCUUCCCUUAAUCCAUCCUGGGAAGCAUCCUGAAGGGGCUCGCUUUUCAAGUUCUUGAAAAGGAGGCCAGGAUGAUUGGUUCUUCUCAAGAUCAGACGGAUUUUUAGGGUCGUGAUCUCUAAUAGAAGCCGGCCUUCAAGCUGACGUCAUUCAAGGACGACCUUUGGGAUUGGGGAAAGAUUACGGAUUGUUUUCGGUGGGAGACUGCGUUUUCAGCCACAGAUGUUCUACGGUGGGAAGAACAACGCCAGCUGAGACACCUUUUUCAGAUACGCUAUUGGAGAAAGCGUUUUCUUAUUUGCCAGUGUACUUUGGGCUGAACGCGAGACACGCAAAACAACGAGUAGGACCGUUGAUGACGCAAGUCUUAGGAGACUUGGAAACAAAAAAGGAAAAGAAUUUCUUGCUUUAUAGUGGUACUACUUAGUACUGCUAGUGAAGAUACUGAGAAUAUUGCUGUCUCAGCUUCUUCUCGAACUACUUAGAAGUAUCAAGGUGAUGUGGUUGUGAUGUGCAAGCUCAAAUGUUUUUUUUUGUGUGAGUCCUUUCUGACUUUUGAGAAUUUUCUGGUCUACUUCCAUUCCCACGCAAUUACCCCACGACAGGCCACGACACGGGUCCCCUAGCUCCUCUUCUCGGAGCCUUCGAAGCUGAAGUGGAAACCGAAUGGGUCUGGCCUCCUUUCGCCAGCUACAUCAAUUUCGAAUUCACCAGUGACGGUCUCGCUCGCGUCAUUUACGCAGGACAAGUGCUGAAGACGAAAUACUGCAAUGAUUUUGCCGGAAAUAUCUGCAAGGCAGAGACGCUACUAGGGAGAUUGAGGGACUUGUCGCCGGAUUACGAGAAGGACUGUACUCUAGUAGGACGCAUUGCCGGAGAGGGUACGAAGACAUCUGCGCGUAAUGUUGAAUUGGAAGAUGAAAUGCGGAUCUACCAGUAAGAAGUUUUUGAAGUUGUACUUGAGCAAAUGUUUGUUGAGAUAGAAUCAUUCACGACUCUGAGUGAACGAAUCCGCAUAUAUCUCCAACGCGAACGAGGUGUAUCAUUUUUUACAUGAGAAGUCAGAUUUUCAUUUUGCCGACACAUAGCUAGUGCAGCAUCAUCAGAUGGUUCCAGAUUCAGCACAGCACGGCAGCAGUGCACGGAAAGC